UUGAAUUUCCGCAGAUAUAGCCUUCAGUUCAAUCUAUCAAAGUGUUUUGUAUCCUGUUUGAAAAUGUUUGGAAUACUUUAGUGAAAUUUUUUAUAAUUAUUUCAUCUUUCUUAACCAAACAUCUUUGACCGGAUUUAUUGGAUACAUAUCGUAGACUUGGGAUAUAUAUGUUGCACAAGGAAUUGCUAAAGAUCUUGAGAAUUUGUCUACAUUGAGGGGUAAUGCUGACAUCAUUUCCAUGGUCAGUUGCCAAACGUGUAGGAAUAAACGUUAAUUCAAAAGCUGAUUUGACUAUUAAACUUGCAACAAGAAAAAAAUUGAAACACUGUAGUAUUUCAAGGUCAGAGAAAUCGAUGGAUGGAUCUUCCAUCAUAACUCAGGUCAAUAGAGACGAAGAAGCAUUAAGCAACGGACAUACACCGAAAGAAGAUGAAGUUACAAAUACAAAGACAAAGAAAGUCAAACGAAGAUCGCUCUUCAGUUCACUGAGAUGUUGCUUUGGACAGCCAAGGAAAAGAGGAGAUAUACAAAAGAAUAAUAAACCAGAUGCCUGGAAUAGUAUUGACAACAAAAAGAACCAUGUCAAUAGCGUGACAGCUGAUGGCCACUGUGAGGAACCAAAUGGAAAUGCCACACAAAAUGGCGGUCAGAAGUCCUUGUUGCCAAAACUUACUGAAAAAUUUCUCAACAAAAAAUGUGCUAUUAUAGAUUUGGAUGAAACUUUAGUUCACAGUUCUUUUAAGCCUAUAAGUAACGCAGAUUUUGUUGUUCCUGUGGAAAUAGAUGGCACAGUUCAUCAAGUCUACGUCCUCAAAAGGCCUCACGUCGAUCAAUUUUUACAGAGGAUGGGAGAAAUGUAUGAAUGUGUCCUGUUCACAGCUAGUUUGUCUAAAUAUGCCGAUCCAGUGGCAGAUUUACUAGAUCAACAUCAAGUGUUCAGUUCCCGUUUAUUUCGUGAUUCUUGCGUUUUUCAUCGAGGAAAUUAUGUCAAAGAUUUGAGCAGACUUGGAAGAGAUUUGAACAAAAUCAUUAUCAUCGAUAAUUCUCCAGCAUCGUAUAUUUUUCAUCCGGAUAAUGCGGUUCCGGUAAUGUCAUGGUUUGAUGAUACAUCAGAUCAAGAACUUGUCAACUUGAUACCUUAUUUGGAAAUGAUAGCUGAAUCUGAUGAUGUUUACACGGUGCUAAGGCAGUCUGGUUUUACUUCUCAAGCCAAUGAAACAACAACUGCCAUACAAAUGCAACUUAAUUCUCAAAUGAGGGGCACAUUGGCACAGCAUCCCAACAUCAUCACACAAGUACAACAGACUGAUUCAUCAGAAGACGAGACUGAGUCGUUAAGUCAGGAUGAGAGGGAUAAUGAAGAGAGAUAGCGUAGAUCAAUGAAGAGAACAUCUACUCAAUCCCAUAUGUCUCACCACCACGACAGCCUUCCAAUACACCUCGGACUGUAAUUAAAACUGCUCAAAAUCAGAGCAAAUAGGCUAUGCCUAUGCCAUCAAGGAUAAGAUUAUUACGUCUUCCAACCUUUUACAUUUGAACAAUAUCAAGGAUGUCAUUCACAAACGUUCAAACACGACAAUGAAUUCAAUUCGCAUGUUGGUGCUUCCAAGGAUUGCAUCGUUGGCUUUAAUGCCAGUGACAAAAACGUACAUGUUCGCCCCCAUGCGAGGGAAAGGUGUAAUAACAUCUACUAUGAUAUGAACAAUCAUACUGCGGAAGAUUAUCAAGCAAUAUUUUUGUUUAGCUAAACAGGAUCACUGAAGGAUUUCAGUAGAAAUCAUCCCCAGUCACAGCCAUACCUUUAUAAAAAUAAUGAUUAUUUAUAUUGCCCCCCCCCCAAUUUUUAAUCUUGUAAGUUUUAGAGUGGUAUGUACCCUAAAUAUAAGGUAUGGUUCAAUAUUUUCUAAAACAUGAUAUACAACUUUUAAAUUUAAUUUGAAAUGAAUUCUUGCAGGGCCCUGUUAUUGGUCAUCAGAAAAUUCAAAGGUUUUAAAUUUCAGCUUCAAUUUACAUUCUUUGAGAAUCUCUGUCAUCGUUUUUUAUUUUAUUUAGUGGACUAAUUGAUUGUGAACUUUCUUUUUAUCCAAUUAUCAACUUCUUUCUGGAAAUGCAGUUUUUGAUAGAUGUUGUUUUAUGGCAUAUAGAAAUGAGUAAAAAAAUGAACUAACCUCUACAUUCAAUGAAAUGUAUUUAUGAAUAUUAAAGAGAAUUGACAUGGAUCGUUUAAUGUUAGUGCUUGAAGCUCAAAUUUUCAACAGCAACAAUUUUAUUACAGUAAAUUUCAAUAUGGUGCUCUGCUGCUCAAUAAUAUCCAUCCACGAGUUAAUAUCUGGGAUGAUUUUGCUGUUGAAUCACGGCAAUUGGGAUUUGAAAAGAUUUGGUCAUUGCUUACUGGGAGUGUAAAUUUAUAAUUCGAAUCGAUCUGGCUAAAUUUUUCACUCAAAUUCAGGAUUUUGAUCGAUGACUUUUUUUUAUUCCUCACCCAUCCUUUUUUUAAUAAAUAUGAUCCAUGGUAACAUAUGCUGCUGGCACUCUGGUCUUCGCCUUUAUUAUAUUUUGAAUAUUUUUGAUCAAUCCUUUCAUUAUCAGCAUUGGCAUUGAGGUUAAUGCGCAUCGAGAAGAUGUCUUUUCAAGAUGUUGAUUUCUUUAUUUAAAUGGAGCUAAAUUAUUACAAGAUUCCUUAUUUUGUUGUAAAAAACGGUAUUUGGUGAUUUGUUUUUGGGAGAAUGAGAAAAAUAAAUUUUUUGAUCUAUCUAGUGUUAUAGACUGGAUGUCAAAACAAAUAGUUUGAAUUCUUCCUUAAAAUUGCUAUCUUGACAUCAAAAUUUUUAUAGUUUUCACAGACAUGGGUUAAAAAUUUAAUUGCCCCAAAGCUUUUUAAUUUGUUGCCUCUCUCAAAUAGUCCUGAUGUGGAAGAAAUCUAAUUCCAUUAAUUAUUCUAGUCUGUGAUGAUAUUUAUGUUUUUUAAUAUCAUCGCAAAUGCCAAGCCCAAUGAGAAAAGUUCUAACUUCCAAUAAGCUUGAGAAUGUCUGAACGCCAAUUUUUAUAUAUGAAAUUUAAAAUCGCUCUGAAAGGUGCUUUCCAAUAUUUACCAUAACCAAACUUUUAUUAGGAUAUUUUUAAAUAGAGGUGUAAUUUCAUUAAAUUGUCAUAAUGAUCCUGGCAAUAUUCUUCUUAAGAAAUAUUUUCUUAUAUAGAAUAAAGCGGCUUCCCUAUCUAUUUCUCUGCCUCAAGUGUGGAUUUUUAUGAUAUAAACUUUUUUUCACCUUUUUUGUAUUUUUGACUUAUUUUUCCCCACUGGUAGUAGUCAUUAGUCAUUUAUCAAUAUUUGAUCAAUAAUGCUUUUGCUUACGGUAAUUAUUUUGCUGCUUUUCAUAUUACUUAUCCCAAUAUAGAUUUCGAGAUGGUUAUUUCUAAUAGUUCUAUCCGCUAACUUUGAAUUCAGUCCUAUUGAAAAAUCUCAGUUUGCCUAGCAAGAUCCCAUAUUUGAUAGUACCACAAGGAUCCUCUUUGGAGCCUACUCUAUUUGUUAUAUAUAAUUCAUUAUUUUGUGCUGGGCAUAGAUAUAUAUUUGUCAUAUUAUGUCUGUCCAUAAAAUGGUUUGUUUUAACUGGUUAUCUAUAUAAAUAUAUAUAUUUUCAUUGAAAGUGCCUUUUAUUAUCGAUUUUAGUGUAUUUUUCUUCUCUUUUUAAGAUUGUAAAACCAUGUUUUUAUCAUUUACAUAUGUUCCCACAAUCUAUAGGCCAUAUGCUUGGUCUAUCUCAAUUUUUUAAAGGUAAUUUUAAAUCAAGUCUAUCAAAGCGGAACUAAUUUACUAUUUAUGAAAUAUUAUGUUGACAAAGGUUUAAACAAAUUGAGGAAUGUAAAUAAUACUAGAACCGGAAAUGUCAGAUUUUAUGGUCUCGUAUUAGACUUUAUUUGAUUUCUUUAUAAAAUUUUGAAUGUUUUUUUUUCACUUGAUGUUUUUGAUAGACUACACUACAGUGGCACCACUUCUGUUUUAGAUGCUAUAUUCUAUGUUCCUUGUUCUCGUUUCUUUUUAUGUUUGCAAUUUGCCUGCUUAUAACUAAAAUUCUAUGUUGCUUUAAGGUUGGGGAUACAUAUUUUUGUAGAUAUAAAAUACCCUUCGCAAAGUUUUAUUCACAAGUAUUGUAAGAUGUACAUAUCUGUCUGGUUCAAUAUUCUAUGCUUGCUCGGCCUUUUAAUGACUUGAUUUAGUCAAUGGUUUAAUGUGGAAUCACUACUGGUUUUCAGGUUUAACUUAUAUUUUUACUUUGUAGUAUGUGGCUAUUUGGUGUGUGAAAUAUUUGAUGAAUAUAUUAGAAUCAGUUUGAGCAUUCCAGAUACCCUAAACAAACAAUAAAUGACAGUAAUAUUUAGGGGGAUUUGGCCAAGUAUUUAAACAAAAUAUUUAUUGAAAAUAUCAUCCAUACACCUCAUCUUCUAAAUAGAGAAAGGACCAACUGGACAAAUAGAUGAACCCUUGUCAAUUUGCCCAAAUAUAGAAAAUGGUAUUAUCAGGUUAUGUUUACUUGAAAGUAAAACAUUCCAAGUAAAUAACGUAGUAUAAAGUUUUGAAAUGCUCAAUAACAAUUUUAUUGCCUUUGUCUCGUUUUCGUUAUAUCCAAGUCUUUUUCUAUCAGACAUGCACUUAAAAGACAAAAAUGUAUGUUUUUAAGGAUCUUUUUGCAGUGAUUAUAACUGUUCAAUUUGCUUGUUUAUUCUUUAAUAGUGUGGUAUUAAUGGAUGAUGUUUGAGUUAAUCUUACAACAACCAUGCUUCUUAUGCGACUUGGAAUAUUGCAUUACGUCAUUUCAAAAUUUGGUUUGUAGCUUACCGCUUGUGUAUUUAUGCCCACUCCACAGUCUUUUUAUAAUUUUUUAUACCCAAAUUUCUCUUUCGCCCAGUGUCUAUCACAACAAAAUGUAAUGCUGUAUAGAUAUAUAAUAAUCCCAUGUAGUAUUGAGUAGACACAUGGCCUACCUACUUCAACAGUUAUGCUGCCUGUAAUUUUAGCAUCAACGCUUGGCAAAUUUGGAACUUUCACAACAUGUAGAGCUUUACAGCAUGUCCCACAUUGAUAAAUUGUCCACUGCCCAGUUCUUUUUCUUUAAUUGAAACUUGCUUCACACAAUUGAAUAAGAUACGAAGCUUGAUGUGUCCCAUUUGUACAGACCAAAGACUAGUCAUUUCUGGUAAUGUUCAUGUAAUUUGGUACAUGUCUUCUGUUGGAUAUAACAGUUGGGUGGGAAAAUGAAACCGAUUUUAAAAAUACCAUGUAAAGUUGCUUCUGUUUUACCAUUUUCAUCAUUUAGCCUCCAUACUUUGCUAUGAAAGUCAAGAGCAGUGGCAUGAAAAAUUAGAGCUUGUUUAUAAACGAUCAGAUUUCAUGUUAAACAAUACUGAUACCUUUAACCCAGUGAAUAUGAUUUGUUCUGUCUGCCCACAUUUAUUUACUUACGGUAUGUCUGUUUUUAGUGACCCAAUGUUUGAUUCUUGUAAAUUCUGUUGUAGAUUUCACUUUUUUGUUUUUUCUUCCACUAAUUAUGAUAAUGAAUGAAGAUAUGCCACGUUUGAUCCAUCAGCCGUUCUCUUUACUCUUGUUGUUAUAAUGUUUCUAAUAAUAUGAUCAUGCUAUUACAGCUUUUAAUUCGCUACAUUUGUAUAAAAGUUAUAAAAUAAAUAAAUGAAAAGUGCUAGAAA